UUGGGAAGCAAAGCACACAGUCAUGUUAGAAACCAGAAAUUGUUCUAUUUGCACCAUAGUUGUAUCGUCAGUAAAUCUAGGUUUAAAGGAAAAUAAAAUUUAAAGAAACAAGUUGUGAAAGAUAAGACUGUUAAGAGAGUCAUAGCAGUCAUAGCUGUUUUGGAUUCUCUUGUCUACAUACACCAUUAUUAAUCUGCAAAUACAACUGUCUCUCUUGUGAAAUGUCCCUGGUGGCAAGGAAAGAAAAUAGGCUGCUUUAUUUACGGGGUACACUGUACAUUAUUAUUAGGAGGCAUUGUUUUCAAGAUUGAGGAUAAGGGCUUUAAAUAGCAAAGUGGCUUCACUCCUGUUACAUUAACUAGGAACCUUGAACGUUUCAUAUUAAAAAGGAAAAAAAUAUAUUAGGUAAAGUUUCAGGAAAAUUUGAAACUUUUGGGAAUAAGGUGCUUAUAUGUUUCUAUUUUUUCCCUGAAAGUCUUUGGUGGAGCUCAUGAGAAGGCUAGGGAUGUUUAUUGAUUUGGAACUUUAGUCCGGGACAGGUAGAAAUUUAGUUCGAACAUGGAAACCUUUGAUAUGACUUGUCCGUGGGACAAGCACAUUUUUAAUUAGAAAAAUAAAGAUAAGAAACAAUAUUCCAUUUAACUAUGCCAUUCCACUGCCAGUCGUUUCAUCCAUUUGCUUUUUUACAAGCUCUGUUGUAGGUUUAAUUCAAAAAUAAUAUACAAGGGUAAUAAUGUGAUUAAAUAAUGUGAUUAAAAACAUUAAAUGCCCGUUGCAAGCUAAACUUUUUGGACAAGAACUCUAGGUUUCGGACAACCAAAUUUAAUGUAUUGCUUGUGUGAAGGACAAGUGGAUAGGAAAAUUUCUCUCUUACCAGGGUGCAAAGAAGGUGAUUUUUAAAGCUUGCCAAAAAAUAUAUUAGGUAAAGUUUCAGGAAAAUUUGAAACUUUUGGGAAUAAAGUGCUUAUAUGUUUCUAUUUUUUCCCUGAAAGUCUUUGGUGAAGCUCAUGAGAAGGCUAGGGAUGUUUAUUGAUUUGGAACUUUAGUCCGGGACAGGUAGAAAUUUAGUUCGAACAUGGAAACCUUUGAUAUGACUUGUCCGUGGGACAAGCACAUUUUUAAUUAGAAAAAUAAAGAUAAGAAACAAUAUUCCAUUUAACUAUGCCAUUCCACUGCCAGUCGUUUCAUCCAUUUGCUUUUUUACAAGCUCUGUUGUAGGUUUAAUUCAAAAAUAAUAUACAAGGGUAAUAAUGUGAUUAAAUAAUGUGAUUAAAAACAUUAAAUGCCCGUUGCAAGCUAAACUUUUUGGACAAGAACUCUAGGUUUCGGACAACCAAAUUUAAUGUAUUGCUUGUGUGAAGGACAAGUGGAUACGAAAAUUUCUCUCUUACCAGGGUGCAAAGAAGGUGAUUUUUAAAGCUUGCCAUUCGGGCAAGCUGAAGCUAGCAUAUACUAGCCCAAAUGUCAUUUCAACUAGCCCCCAAACCGUUUUGAUAAGCAGAAUCGAUUUCACAGUUCUUCGUUAAUUUGAAUUCCUCAAAAAAACUUCACUUGCCCAUCGGGCAAGUUAAGUUCAAAAUUCACUAGCUCGAUAGCAAAAUCCACUAGCCCCGGGCUAUCGGACACUACUUUCUUUGCGCACUGCUUACUCUCUAAUAAUAAUAAUAAUAAUGUACAUCCAGUGGUUUUUCAUAGCACUUUACAACGAUAUUAAUGGAUGAUACUUUUAUAAAAAUGCAUACAUUAAAAUAAAAAAAGAUAUACAUUGUAAAACAUUGAACUCUAAUAAUAUAAUAAACCAUUGUUAAUAAAUUUAACAUAUAUAUAUGCUUCAGUCUCCCCAACUAGUAAGGCACUGUGCCUGUGUUAUAAGACAUGAGACUUUAAUAAAGUUCAUUAUUAUUAUUAUUAUUAUUAUUAUUAUUAUUAUUAUUAUUAUUAUAGGGUUUCCAUGUAGCAUUUUACCCUGAUUUUCACUCAACUGCAAGUAGGGUUCUGAAUGUAAAUAUUAUUGCCUUUAAGGAAAGCCUUUAACUCAUACUAGUCAAACAUUUUGAAUCUUUAACAGUCAGAUGAAUCUUAUUCAGUUGUGUGAAUUUGUGGACAUUGAAAUCAUUUGCUACUCAGGUUUUGCACUGUUAUUAGACCACUUGUGGAAAAUGCCUUAUCAUUUUUUUCAAAUUUUUAGUCUUGGUUUGUGAAAAGAGGCAUGUGGGGAACCCUGUGUCAAGUAAAAUUGUGCUGAUUGUAGUAAUUUGGCCAUGAGUGUAGGAAAAAAUAUUUUUAAUUAGUAAUAGCAGGCGGUGUCCUCUGGCAACUUAGGGGUGUUUACAUGACACCGGGGCAACUUUUGCCCCGGAGCGAGUUCACUCCGGUUCCUCUCAUAGCUCUAUAUUUGUUUACAUGAUACCACCACAAAAUGUCAUGCAGGCGCGAGUCACCCCAGCGUGAGUUCACCCGGUUCUUGUACCGGGCGAGAAUUUCACUCUGGUACAAAAUCUCAUGGCAGUAUCAUGUAAAUGCGAAACGACCACCCGUUUCGGCAUGAAAUCGGUCUGCCGGUAGACUGGAAUGGGUAGCGACGCGUAAUGUUUGCUAUUUUGUAUCACACUUGUAUUUUAUCAACAUAAAGUGUACCUUCAAAUAACGAGAUAUGAAAUGACUCAGUCAUAAUGUAAACCCGAUACAAAAUCAAAAAAAGUCAUCCCGGUAUGAGACUCGCGCGGUGUGAGUUUUCUCAUGUAAACACCCCUUACUGUACAUGUACUUGUGCCUUUAGUGGCGAUUAAGUGUAUUAUCACUAGCCAACAAAUAAUCUGUGUAGUUUACUCAAAUAAUACUUGCUUUCUAUUUAUUCAGCAGAUCAGCCUGGUAUGGGAUGUUGGUGACAGAAAGUCCUCUCAAAGCAAACAGGAUUAAUACAUGUUAAUUACAAGCCUUAGUCUUGUAAAGUGGUUCCAGGGCUGUCACUAAGGGCCAUAAACCAGACUUUAAAUCGGCUACUUUGAGCCCAAUACUUGGCUGUUUUGAGAGGAAACGAAACUUUCCACAUUUUCAAUGUCCCGCUCACUAAUUUCACUUAAACCCUGCAACUUGCAAUCUUAGUGACAGCCUUGUGCAUCUAACUUUUACAUCAUCAGUUUAUUUGGAUUUUGUUGUUAAGUUUGACUGUAAACACUUCUGGGAGUGAAAGGGCUAAAUCAAGAAACCAUCAAUGUUAUACAUGUAUUAGGCUUUCAGUCUUUUUAUUUCUUAUCUAAAAUUGUUUAAGCUUUUAAUUUGAAUUAUGCUAAAUUAUACUAAAUAUUUUCAUUUUGGAAGAGACCAUUUUGACCCACCUUUACAUUAAUUUGCGUGUUAGAGUUGCUGUUUUUUAUCAAAAUUUAACUUCAUCAGUUUUCUUGUACACCCUGUACCUUACAUGUAAAUGCUAAUAAUUAUUUCAAACUAUAAAUCAUCUUAAUUUGGUAUAAUACUAAGUUAAGAUGAUUUUUUUUGGAUAUUUUGAGAAGACUGUUUUGACCCAUUUGAAAAGUUUAUGUACACUGUAUCUUCUUAUUUAAACCUUACGUGUUGGAAAAAUUUUCGCUUUUUUUUAUUUUUAAUGUAAUGACAAAGAUGCUAACACAGAAAUAAAUCAUGUUAUAUUUAGAAAAUUCAGUUUUAGAGAAUCAGUGUGUUUUGUUUUUUAAAACCUUGUAAUAUCACUCUUUGCGGGUCUAAACUUAAAGAAUGCGAUUCGUAUUUGCAGCUUUUGCAGUUACAACAAUGUAGCAUACCUGGCGAUUUUCAUGGGAUUUGAAAUGUAAAAAUAAAGAUAGGCAAUUUGAAAAUUGGUUAUGGUAAUGCAAAAUUGGAAACGGAAAGGGACCCUAUUUUUUAAACUACUACUUAUUCAAAGUUCAUCUACUGGUUAAACAAUAUAACUCCAUUAAUGCAAGUUAUAACUUAAUAGUAGGGAUGACUAAUGUCAGUUUGAAGUUGGGUUCUUAUUUUUCUAUAGGUCUAUUGGGUUCUCAACGCUUUAUAACUUUUCGUUUUUGUUGUCAGUUUUGAAGAAUGAAAACAAAAUUUCUGGCCUAAUCCUUUAACUGUGUGUUGAAGUGUUGUUACAUAUUAGGGUAUUUUAUUUUGUGUCGAAACUUGAAUUGAGGAUUACUCAUACAAUUAUUUGUAAUGUAUAUAUGAGUAAUCCUCCAUGGCUACAGAUUGUAAAUACUAUGGAGAGAUGAUGGGGAACCAAAGAAAAUAACCGGUAUUAAGUACAUAACAAAAAUCCAAUGUUUGUGUGACAUGGACAAAAAUAAAAUUUUGAUUGUUAAAAGUUUGGUAAGAAAAAUUUACCGAUUACCAUUAUAUUUCCCUUUAUUUUUAAAGUUUCCAGUGUGUUUAUGUGUAUAUAUAUAUGGCGUAAAGGAGCUUGUAUUUUCGCUUUACACAAGCUUAAAGUAGGGUUUACACAAGCUUUACGCAAAACGUAAAGGUGUUGCGUAAAGUUUUUGUUUCAUUACGCCAGCUUUAUAUGUACGCGUAAAGGUGCUGUAAAGCUGAACUUUACGUAGAGUAAAGGAAGCGUAAAGUUGUGUAAAAUUCAACUAUACGCUGACUUUACGUUGUCAUUACGCUCACGUAAAUUUGAUUUUUCAUGCUGUGCUAGCAAAAAUAGAAGAAUUAUUGUCUUGGAGAAGAGUAAGAAAAGGCAAUGCCCUGACUGGAAAGCGCAGAAGUUUACCACGAAUUUUAAAUGAAAAUUAAAGUUUUCGGUCAUAAAUCUUAGUUUAUCGAGCAAGUUUGGUUAACAAAUUAAAUGACAAAAAUCGUAAGAGAUACGUAAAUUUAGCACUCAUGCAACAUUUGAGGGGUGCUUUGGCCCCACUGUAAAUUGUUAAAAAAAAAUGGACGUUAGUAUAGGUAGUUUCAAGAUAAAGCUCUUUAAAGCACCGGCAAUUACAAAUAUUUCCCCCCCCUCCCCCCCACCCACCCCCCUAGCCCAAGAAAAAGAAAAACAAUGUUGAAGUCCCCCUGGAUCAUUUUUGCCCCCGACUGAACAAGAUUGACCAGAAUGAAAUGAAGGGAGGGGUCCUAAUGGUACCAAUCCGCAAGAUAGGCUCCCUGUGGGUUAGAAAGUACAAAAUUCUUAACACCUUCUGUCCAAGAUUGUAGCUAGGCAACGUGCCUAUGGUAAGCCGACUAUCUCCUCUCGCACGAAAACUCCAACAUCCCGCUUAUCAUCUUUACUGGUUUUAGGAAGAAGCUGUGUGGAAGGCUUUGGCUUAUUACGAGUCCUGCUUGGACAAGGACGAGAUUGAGAAAUUGAAAGGAAAGCCUCUUGAAAGACUAAUCCAGCAGUACGGAUCAUGGAGCAUCACUGAUAAAAGCUGGAAGGAAGAAGACUGGGAACUAAUAACAAAUCUUGCCAGGAUCCACAAAUAUCUGGCUUUACCGAUCUUCUUUACCACGACUGUAGCUAUUGAUAACAAAAACAGUUCCCAGUAUAUUAUGACGGUAUGUUUAGGCGCUGAAAAUGUUUUCUGUUGUCUGUUGCGACGUAAGACAGGAAUGGACAUAGAUUUAAGCUUAAAAGACCUGGGUCAACUUUUUCCAAGUUUUAAUGUCAUGCCUGCAAAAACCCGCCAGGAAAGUAUUAUGGUUAGUCCUCCCUGGUGGAAUUUGUUUGACAUUUUCAUCAAUCUACAGGAGCGUGUUGUGUAUGGGCGAAAGCACUAAGUAAUGACUACAGCACAGAAUUGACUUAAAUGAACGGCGAUAUUUUCCUGAUUUUAGUGUUAGCUGCUAUGCUGACCCACCUAUCUAGGCCCUCUUUAAUGUACCAAACAACCCACUUGCAUGAUAACGUCACGCGCGAAAAAAAACUGUGGUAAAGGUACGCGGGAAUGUUUAAAAAACAAUGGUCGCUGCAAAGUAAGCGACUCAAAUUGAAUCUGUCAAUGUAAUUUUGACCGAGAUGACAUUCCCAUUAAAAUAGAAAGCCCGAAGAUUUGAAAAAUGACGAAUUGCCGUUGAUUUAAGUGGAGAGGAGGUUCAGUAGCUCAAGGAAGCCGUUUCUUGGUGUUUUAAGCGGAUCUUAUUCUUUUAUUUUCUAGAUGAGAGAGUCCAGUAUUGCAAUGUCAAGAAGGCAGCAUCUAACCAACGAUACGGAAAGCCACAGGGUAAGAAUGAGAAUUUCUACUGCUGAAGUGGCAAGCGCAAAGAAACAAAAUGUACUUUUCAAAAAGAAUACCCCCCCCCCACACACAUACGUCUGCAUAAGCAUUAUCUUCAACUUCUCUUGGAACCACUGUCAUACCUUCUAGAAACAAAAAACCAAGGUGAUAUAAAGUUUUUUUUUGCGGGGGGGUGCAAACAAGGUGUAUUAUGGGAGAUGCGCAAAUGGCGAAUUGGAGAAUCACGAAGGGGGGAGAACGGUUAUGAGCGACGGAGUACUAUGGGACGCGGGACGCGAGACGCGAAAGCAGGAGAAGAAGGGGUGUGACAUUCGACUCUGUCCUUUUUUAUGAUAGAGAGCUUACUGGCACGUUCUCGCAGGCUAUGUUUGGUCAAAACGAGUCACUAGAGAAGUUAAGCAUCAAGUUUACGUCAAACGGCAAACGCGAUUGUGUACCACGUGACCAAGUUUCCUCGUUACUUGUCGUUUACUGUUCAUUAUUUCUACACCUAAAUUAGUAGUUUCACGCAAUUUUUUAUCCAUAUAACAUUUGUUUUGAGCUGUUUUUAUCUGCUCAUUUUCUAUUUGAGAUAUUCUCAAUUUGAAUCUGACUUUCGAGCGCUACGUCGUCACGCACGCGAAAAGCAUGCGUCCAGCCCCUCCAGCAGCAGGUGACGCAUGCGCAAUUCACGAGGAACAAUUUAUACGAAAAACAAACGAGCGAGCAAUUGCAACCAACAAAUUUGAAUCUAAACAAUAGCACUUGUUUAAGGUAAGGUAAACUUGGUCUGGUAAAUGGCGCUUUUUAUGACUAAGCACAGUUCUGCUGAUCAGUCUGCGAGUCCCUGGAAGAUUCUCUAUUAAAAGAGAUGGUGGUGCUACCCUUCUACAAGAGACCAAAUCGGGCGUGGCUCGGCGUUUGUUUGUUGUUAAAAGGAGAUCACCAACACAGUUUGACUGUAUUUACGUACAUCCCUAAGCGAUAGUUUUAUGGGAAAAAAUGUUAGCUUUCCGUAAUUAACACCCCAAGUGAGACCAAAAUCAGCUUUUUUCACCGGAAAACGAGACGACCAGCAUUCAUGAAGUUUCCAUAUGGUAGUCACCCCCCCCCCCCCCCACCACUACCGAGCUACUUGACAAAUGUUGUUCUUACAGAUUCGUGAAGCGUUUAAAGACCUCAUGAGAAACUUGACAAAGAAGCUUGGGGCAGUGGAAGGAUCUGAGGAUGAUUUAAUGAAAACGUUCGAGUUUGAAAAAGAAUUGGCUAAGGUAUGGAGACCUAUGAACAGCAGCUACAUUUAACGACUGAAAGUUCUACUGUUUUUCUCGCGGGGGAAGGGGGGGAGUACUCGUAAUAAUGACCUAUACGGGGAGGUUCUACCCGAAAGGGGUACCUUUUUCAUGCAGGCUUCGGGUAUAUGAAAGGGUAAGGAUCUCACUCGUUCUGGUUUUGAGAUCUAUCCAUAUUUUAAAGAUAGUGCAUUUACAGCAGUUAGAAUUAAGGGAUGUAAAGUUCUAAACUAGGUAUAUGGGAUGUACACGGGGUAUCUUUCUGUCAAAAAUGGUAUAUAUAAAAGGGCACUAGGGGCUGGACCUCGGGGCGGAGCCUCCCCGUAUAAAACGUUUUUGAGUAUACCCCUGGGGGUUUCUUUCUUCGUCUUUCAACCUAUGAAAUUGAAGAUUAAAGUGUGGCACGAAAUUUUUGCCUGAGUUUAUUUUUGCGGAUUGGACAUUUUUUGUAUUUUGUGGGAACCAAUUUUUGCGAACAGUACAGAUUGGUUUUUCUCGCUGGGAAGUAAUUUUUGCGAUUUUCAGAAAGAACCCAGGACACAGCAUUGAUAAUAUUUUCCUUUUUGGUAAGUACGUGCAAUAGAAAGACAUAUUUUCAAACAAAACUACGGUAUACGUACCCUAUGUAAAACCAGUUAUUCAUUGUAUAUCGUUUGGUUUCCGAAUAAAAGAGGCAAGGUUUUGUGUAGCGAAUUUAAGUUAUAGAGAAUAUUUACUCUGGAGUAAAUUUUUGCGGGAAAAAUGUUUGCGGUAAUUUUUAUUUUCCUGGAACUUAUUUUUGCGGAUCGCUGGAAAAAUCGCAAAAAUUAGAACCCGCAAAAAUUUCAUGCCACACGAUAAUCUAUUAUGUUAGAUACAAAAAUGUGGUUAUAUCGACGGAGUUGAUUUAGUCAAUUAAACCCUUUGAUUGAAAACCUAAGAAAGCAUUCUCAACGUUAAACCCUUUAUCAGCUAAACCGAUUCUUUUUAUUUAUCUUAGAUUUCUACGCCUCCUUUUAUGAUGCGACGCUUUGAGCAGGCGUACAGGAAACUAACUAUAUCAAAACUACAGAAGUAUACUGGAGCGUUUGUGAGUAUUCUCGCAGUUGGUCUUUUAUUACAAAAGAUGUGUCUUUACAUGUCUCUUAGCGCCUAGUGAUUCGAUUUCAUGAACAGCGUUCCCGCGCAUAUCUUUGAAAUCGAAUAACUGGAUGCUUUUAAGAGACAUGUUAAGGCAUAUCUUUUUAAACUAGCUUUUACCUAGUUUCAUAUAUAUUUUAAUUUGUUUUUAUUUUGAUAUGUAUUUUUUAUUAAUAUUUUUCCUUUUAUUGGUUUUGUCUAGUUACAGAUUCAUUUUAAAAAUUUUAACGAGUAUUUAGAGCAUGCAGAAGAAGAAGAAGAAGAACCUUUAUUAAUUUAUACCGCUCAGGGUAGCCCCUUCAGACGCAAAAAGCUGUCUGUUAUCAAUGGGAGCCCUGAGCAACAACGCACAAAAACCACACUGAACAUAUAAACAUUACACUAAUACAGGUAAUAAUAUAAAUAGAAAACUAUUUUCAAUUAAAAGAUUAAAAGAUGUAAAACACGGAAUAUCAAUAAGAUAAUUCGUUAAAAAGAGUGCAACCAUAAUAAUAGAAGGAUCUUUUUGCAAUUUCAGUUCUCACAGCAGGCGGAUGUAAGAGGUUGCUUUGUCUAGUAGCGCGCAUGGAUUGUAUUAUUACGUUUAAAAUAUUGUUUAAAAUACUGGGGACAUUGACCUUGCAGGCAGUUCUUAACGAGUUUAAAAACAGAUUGACGUCGGCGCUCCUCCAAGGUGGGCCAUUUCAGAACGUCCAAUGCUUGCUUGCUGCGCACAGUACAAGCCACUAUCCUAGCAGCCCGGUUUUGGAGGGCUUCAAGGUCUUGUUUACGACCUUCCCCGCAACAGCCCCACACACUUACACAGUAUUCUAAAAUUGGCCUAAUUAGACUACAAUACACUACAUUUGCACUCUCUCUAGUGAGGCUUCUGCGAAGCCUGCCGAGCAUUCCUACGCGUUUUCCCGCCUUCGAAAUUAGGUACUUUAUUUGCUCGUUCCAGCUAAGGCGGUCAUCAAAAACUAUACCUAGAUAAGUGAAGUGAAAAACCCGCUUAAUUACAUUGUUAUUUAAAGUAAUAGAAAAAGAGUUAACAGCAGAUAAUCUAGGGGCGGUUCCGAAAAGUAUAGCUUCGGUUUUUGUUACAUUAACAAACAGACUAUUAAAAGAAAGCCAGUGAUCAAUCUUAGACAGUUCUGCAUUCAGCUUGUCUUGAAUGACAGAGGCUUGAGAGGAUGAACAGUAUAAAACAGUGUCAUCAGCGUACAUCAGAAUAUUGCAAUCGGACACUACUUCAGGUAAAUCAUUACACCAGUAGAGACGGCUUCCGAAGCAGAAGUCACCCCUUGAAACUCCACAACUUGGGUGCGGUUCGACAGGUAAUCCGUAAACCAGCCAUGCUCUUUAUCCAAAAUCCCCAAAUUGGAAAGCUUGUCCAGAAGUACCGCAUGAUCCACAGUGUCGAAAGCUUUGCGAAGGUCAAUAAACACAGCACCAGUUAAUUGACCUUGGUCCAUGUUCCUACGAAUAUUAUCAGAAAAACUAAGAGCAGCGAAUUCUGUCGAGUGACACUUCCGAAACCCGCACUGAUAAGGGCUCAAGAUCUUGUUUUGCUGGAGAUAUUUGUAGAGUUGGAUAUGUACAGCCCGUUCUAAAACCUUAGAUAGAACAGGUAAAAUGGAAAUCGGGCGAUAAUUGUCCAUCUCAUCAGCCUUUCCCUUUUUAAAGAGUGGAAUGACCCGUGCGGAUUUCUAAUCACUGGGAACUUCGGCAGUACGUAACGAGGUGUUGAUCAUCUAUAUGUUAAAAGGCGCUAUAGCAAAUUACUAUUAUAUUAUUAUUAUUAUUAUUAUUAUUAUUAUUAUUAUUAUUAUUAUAACUUUGAGCCUUUAAAUAAAUAAGAGUUCGUUCCCUCGUGUCGCUAAUAUUUCUUGCCCCAUAUUCUAGAUUAACUGGGCUGAUUAUUUCAAACGUAUGAUGGAGGAGAAUCAAUUUAAAGUCACUGACCAAACGGAAAUCGUCGUUUACGCAUUGGAGUAUCUGAAAAACCUGGUAAAAUUACUGAAAAUAACCCCUAAAAGGUAUGUCUUAUAAGGCACUACAACAGCGGAUUUGAAGGUCUAUAUUUUGAUCACAUUCUUUUCGAUCUAUUACAAGCGACAACCUUAUUUUUUCAUCAUCAUCAUCAUCAUCAUCAUCAUCAUCAUCAUCAUCAUCGUUAAUCAUCAAAAUUAUCAUUAUCAUUAUCAUUAUUUUUAUCAUUACCAUUAUCAUUAUCAUUACCAUUGUCAUCGUAAUCGUCAUCGUCAUCAACAUCAUUAUCAUAAUUGUCAUUAUUUUAAUCAUUACCAUAAUCAUUAUCAUUUUUUUCAUUACCAUUACCAUUAUCAUUAUCAUUAUAAUUAUCAUUAUCAUCGUCAUCGUCAUCGUCAUCAGCAUCAGCAUCGUCACUAUCAUCAGUAUCACCCACAUCGUCAUUGUCAUCGUUAUUGUCAUUAUCUUUAUCAUUAUCAUUGUUGUUACAGUUGUCCGCUUUUUUUGUUAAUAAAGGAUUAAAUUAACUGCAAAAACCGUAGGACGAAGAUCCUCUAGUUGUAAACAUUGGAUCUCUUUUAUUACUAUUUUCCUUUUUCUAGGACUGUUGCCAAUUACGUCAUGUGGAGAGUCGUUAAGUCAAAAUAUCUAUCUCUGAGCAGCGACUUUGUAGAGCUGUUUAAAUCUUAUUACAUUCAAGCAUUUAACCACUGGAGUGAGAGCGACGACAAAAUGAUAUGUCAGAUGAGAACAAUGCGCGAAUUUGGAGUACCUGUUUCAAAAGUUUUUCUUGAUCAGAAAUUUUACGGAGACAGCAGAAAAACGGUGAGAGCGACUUGUGAUUAACGUAACGCAUGCAUGUGAACGUUCAUUUGUUUAUUUAUUUACUUAUUUAGAGUUUACCAUUUAAAAAGUUUGCUAAACAGACUAUAAACAGACGGUUUUCUAGGUAAACAGACAAUAAGAUGUUCUGUCUAGCUGCGAUAGGGGUCUUCAUUUCUCGCGUUUCGGAUAUAGUGGUCUCCACAUCGGCCCAUGUAAGAGAAUCCAAGACAGUCUUGGAUUUCUAGAUCCGACGCUGUGAAUUCCGGAUUCUAGAUUCUUUGUAAGUAAAACUUGGAUUCUGGAUUUCAGUCAUUCGUGGGAUUCCGGAUUCCGUAAGUUGUAUUCCGAAUCCCAAAGUUCAGGAUCCCGGAUUCCACAAGCAAAAAUUUCCUGGAUACCGAAACUUAGUCCGUGGAGCGAAGCAGGCAAGAGACGACAAUGGCCAUGGGCGUGAUUGAGGGCGCGGGAGAAGCGCUUGACGCUCGACGCUUGCGCGCGGGCACUAGGAGCAAGGGUGGCACAGUUGGUUAGUGCGUGGCCUUGGGUGCGCGAGGUUCCGAGUACGAUCCCCGGUGACAUCACAUCCUUGUUUUAAAUUCUCUCCUUUCUGUGUAGCUUUGACUGGCUUUAAAUACCCUUAAAACGGACCAUUGAUAGGGAGAGGGGGAUAAAACGAGCGAAGCGUCUACCUCAAGUUUAUCAGUUAUCACUUCACGGGUUAUCGACGAAAAAUAUGGUUGCUUGACCCUUUUUAACUCCCUUCACUAAACUGGAAUAUAAUUAGAGACUACUUAGUUGCAGAUUAGCUCCAUUAUAACGAGAUUUAUCAAAAUGAAAUUUUUAAAAAUCAUUGUAUAGGCAAUGGAUAUGACUGCAGACGUUCGAGCUGCCUUUGUUGAUAUCCUAAUGAGACAAGACUGGAUGGAUGACGAGACAAAGAAAGCAGCCAAACUUAAGGUAAGAGCGUUUGUAAGCGUUAGUCACAGCGUCUGGAAAGAUUAUUUCCACUGUUCGGGAUUUGAUCAAAAUACAGUUGGAGAUUCGAGAAGACGCUGAAGCGAUACGAAAUUUGAUUGCUAUCAGGGGGAGCACGAUGUGUCAAAAUUUGGGCACGGAUGCGGUUGGAAGAGAAAAUGAUAUUCAGGAUAGUGAUGAAAGAAGACAGGGAUGCGAGAAACGAAAAUGAUUUUUGGUAGUUGUAGUCAAAUGUCGCUGUCAUGAAAAUGACCUAUUCGCCGCAACACCGAACCGUUCAACCACAACACAACCUGUACAACCACAGGUUAUGUUCAUACUAUAACGGAUAGCUUUUCGAGCCAUCAAGAAACGUAAUCCGGUAUGGUGUGAACAGCAGCGUUACAGGACUGGAGGAAGUCGUUUACUCACAUCGAACAUUGUGCCUCAGCACGGAGGGUUUAGUGCUCUAAAUCCCAGUCCUCAAGCCUGAAUAUUUACUCCAAUCUCAGUAGGUUCCAGUCCUCGUUGCGGCCUAUUUAGUUCCCCUACAGUCCGAAUACCGGUUUAGCCUGCGAAAACAUCCGUUUCUCCUCGCUCUUCGCCGCUGGGGACGUUUCGCAUGGAGGAACGUCUGCGACUCAGCGGCAGAAAUUCCAUACUGAUGACGCAAAUCAAUGUUUACAUAAUAAUUCCGGUAGUCAUGGGGUUCCAAAUAUAAAUUUGUCCAAGUUUUUGUGUUUUCCGGUCGACUUUGGUAAAGUGUUGUGUUCAUCUGCCAAAGAGCUCCAGCAAAACUCUAAUACUUCUUCUAGAGAAGACUAUAUUCCACAAAUAUUGACUGUUUUGUUAGAGAUUCUUCGCAUUUACAUUUGUCCUCUGUGGCCUUUUGUCUUUUGUCUGUCAAAACUGUCAUUCGUAAACAAUAGCUAAAACAAUGUAACCACUCCGUUGACCAAUCAGCCUUCUGCCCGGAUUCCGGACAGAUUUUACGUCAUCAGUAUGGAAUUUCUGUCGCUGAGUCGCAGACGUUCCUCCGCGCGAAACGUCCCCAGCGGCGAAGAGCGAGGAGGAACGGAUGUUUUCGCAGGCUAAUACCGGUUCACACUACACUUAAAUGCGGCACAGAACCUCUCCGAUAUGUAAUCGGCGCGGCACAUCUUCGCUCUGUUCUUGUGCGUAAACUGAAGCCAUAUCUAGUAUGGGUUUCUUGCCGGCGCAAAAGCCUUCCGGUACAGUGUCAACAGCCUCAAAAAGACCAAUACCCGGGAGUAGGGGGGGGGAAGGGCCUUUCUAGUUCUAGUUAUAGGCCAAUGGGGAUGUACCGCUGGAUGGGGUCGCAUUUUUACAGCUUGAUUGACUAUUAUGGGGUUGCAGUUUCAAUAGAGUUACUAGAAUGAGAUCGCACAUUUUCGGGAUUUGGGGGAUCAGAAAAUUCGGGUAGGUAGGGAUUUUAAAAUGGGACGAUUUUUACUUCGUUAAGUUUAACCAAUCUGUCAGUUAGUUUCAGGAUGACCUAGCUAAAAGGCUUUAAAAGUAGAUGCAUAAACAGAAAGUUACUAAGGCCCGAUUCAGACGCUGAGCUUUUCAUGAGCAGAGCCUAAUUCGAAUUAAGGCCGACCCAAACUAUUAAGAACGGCUGAAUAGCUUCAGACGCCGAUCUUAAUUGCAGCUGAACUAAAUUUAAAAGGAGGAAAAUGCUCACUUCGGUCAACCCGCUAACAAAAUACGUUAUAAUAAUUUAUGCAUUAGGUUUGGUACAUGAAAAGUUCGGCGUCUGAAUCAAAGCCGUUCCAAAGUCGCUCCAAAUGCAAAAUUCCCGGCCGGGCUAGUCGAAAAGAACGGCUGAGCCCUUCCACAUUGAAACAGACGCUCCUAAUUGAUUCAGACGCCGAACUUUUCAUGUACUUAAUUCAAGGUAUUAGGUUCGGCUCAUGAAAAGGUCGGCGUCUGAACCGGGCCUAAGUUGGGAUCGCGAAAAUUACAUUUUCUCAAAAGUGACUAAGAUGGGGUUUAUCUGGCCACAGAAAAGACCGUCAUAUUGUGGUAGUGCUUUUAAGAGGCCAGCGGCACAUAACCAGGAAAAUUAACGUAAGUACCUCCCCCCCACCGCCCACCACCCCCCGAGACCAAUACUCGUUUGAGGUCACGUGGAAUUUGACACGAAUAUGCCUAUAAACAGUUCCAGUAUUUUGCAGGCGGAAUAUCUCUCUGAGAAUAUUGGAUAUCCUGACUAUAUUGUGGACGUGAAGUACCUGACAGAGCAAUAUAAGGAGGUAUGUAGCUUUGUUGAUUGCAUUUCUGCCAGUAAGUACGGAAUACUUGGGCCUUCCCUGAGCUCUGUUGAUAUUCAUCGGUAUCUAAAAAAAGCAGGACUUGACGGAAGAAUGCAGCCAUUACAAAAGUUUUAAGGGGAACAGCAAGAAUUACAAGAAUUAUAAGAAAGGUGAUGGUUACCUAAGGUACCGGGAGGUCACCUGGUACCAGGGAGUAACCUUUUGGAAGAAAACCUUGGGGACUGAUGAUAAUAAUAAUAAUAAUAAUAAUAAUAAUAAUAAUAAUAAUAAUAAUAAUAAUAAUAAUAAUAAUAAUAAUAAUAAUGAUAAUGAUAAUGAUAAUCACAGGGUAGUGUGGUGUAGUGUAGUAUAGUAUAUAGAGAAUACUUCAUGGAAAGUGCGAGGUUGCGAGAAUUCGAGACAGUUAUGAAAACCCGAGACGAAGUCGAGGGUUUGCAUAACUGUCUCGAAUGCUCCCGACCCCUCUCAUGUUUAUAUUAGGCUAUGCGAACACAGAAAACGUUUUCUAUUGCUUAAAUACAAUAUAUACUAUUACGAUAACAAUACUGUAAAUUAAUGAAUUAGAUUUUUGGUUCAAGAUCUGUUUUCUCUUUUCUAACAUUAGAUGGGCAUAUUUGACUAUAACUUGACAAGUAUUGUCAUUACCUAAUCUUAGUAAAUAUAAAGUUCUAAUGAUGAUGAUAACAGUAUUACUGCUAUAUGCCUUUACUCAUUAGGAAUUUGUUUGAUCUACUUUUUAGGUCAAGAUAGAUCCAAAAACAUUCUUUGAUAAUCAUGUCUCGGCAGAAAGGAACACAAAUCUUAGAAUUCUUGCAAAAGCUGGAACUGUAGUGGACAAGUCUCAGUAAGGCAUCCUGUUGAAAAUUUGUAACUCGACUAAUGGACCGUUUUCACAUGGCGUUAUACGUCGGCCAUACUAGGGACCCAAAAGGAAUAAGUCCCCGUCCCACAUAUCCGAAAAUUGUCGAAAAUGAUUGUUUUCUUCGUCUUAGCCUUGCAUCCACAUGUCAACGGCGUUUAGGGGCAUCAAAAACAUGGGUUAAAAAUCAGCUAUAGCGCAUUCACGUCCACCGUAUCGGUGUCCUACAGCAAUCAAACCAUUAUAGUCGCCAAUGUUGAUGCACCAAACCAGUCCUGUAGGAAUUGAACGUCUUUCUUAUCGGAAACUUUCUUUUGUUGUAAUAAAUUUGCACAGCUGCGGGCCAAGUGAAUGUUAAAAUGCUCUAUAUGUCAAUGUUUUUUAUUUGUGCAACCUACCCCCCCCACCCCCCCCCCCCCCAACCCCACCCCCCCCCUCUAGUGGAAGCCUUAAUUAUUUGAGUAUUGAAAUGUAUUGAAACCAGUCAAGAAAAUAAAACGUUCUUUUUUCAUUUUAGAUGGCAAAAACUUCCAACAGAGACGAAUGCGUUUUAUUCAUAUCCAGAAAACAAAGUGGGUAAGAAAUACCUACAAACUUCAAUCUGCAUAAUGCCUAUAUUAUUAUCACCCUUGUUCCCAAAACUUUCCCCGCAAAGAUUCGCGUAUCAAACCGGCCUUGUUCUCGUUGUGAUUCCCGGGGGAGGGCACUUCCUGGUAACAGGCUAAUGGGGACGUGCCGCUGGAUGGGAUCUCAUAUCAUUUUCACGACUGGAUUGACUAAAAUGGGGUUACAAUUUCAUUAAAGUUACUAGAAUGGGAUCGCACAUUUUUCGGGAUUAAGGGGGAUCAGAAAAUUAAGGUAGGUAGGAUUUAUAAAUGGGAUGAUUGUAACUUUAACCAAUGUGUCAAUUCAUUUCAAGAUGACCUAGUUAAGUUGGGAUCGCGAAAAUUACAUUUUCCCAAAAGUGACUAAGAUGGGCUCUAUAUUUGGCCACAGAAUAUACUAUAUUGUGGUAGGGGUUCCGAGAAGCCAGCGGCACAUACCCCCAGCAAAAAGUAACGCAAGUAACCCCACGGGCUGUGAUUCCCUCUUCGCUGUGAUUCCCUCUUCACUGUACGCUAUAAUGAUGGCCAUCAUGACAAUUAGUGAUUUUAUACUUCAUUUUAGUCUUUCCUGCGGCGAUUUUGCAACCUCCAUUUUACAAUGUGCGGUAUCCAAGGUAUGAUGAAUAAAAUCAUCUUGAAGUUUUCAAAAAUCAUUAUUGAAAUAAAACUGAAAGAAUGAGUUAUAGAAUGAGUCCGCAUCCGACCUGGCGUGCUUGAACAAGCAACGUGAUAACCGACUGGUUUAUAAAGCGUAGUAAAUAAGACAACAUAUCAAAAGAGCCAAUAGUUUGACCCCAGGAGUCAUUUCAUAAAUCAGUGGAAUAUGAUGAGUUGUGUGUGUCAGUUGCUCGGUGUUAAACUCUGGUUAUUAACCUGAUAGGUAAAUAACUUCGCAAUGUUAUUGGCUUUAUGAAGAAAACGUGUAAGUGGAUUAUAUAUAUAUGAGCUAUGAGAGUGAAGAAAGCAUGUUGGGCUCAUGCUUUGAAUAAAACCUCUUUAAUAAAACGUAAAAUUUGAGUAUAACUCCCUUUAACUCAGUUAGUAUUUCAUUACUUUCUUCCUUCCAAACCACCACACAAUGCCAUUUUUUGUUGGGCUUUCUAGGCCUGGGUCUGUGAUGAUGUGAGUCAUACCGUAAUUUUUAGGGAGUUAUUAUAACUCCAAAAAUAGAGUAAAAAUUUAAGGUACAGGAUAACCCCUUUUUGGGGGUUACUUUAACUCCUAAUUUAACUCCGAGUUUGGGGUCAUUUUUACUCGUGAAAAAGAGUUCUUUUUACUCCCAGUCUGGAGUUAAAAUAACUCCGAAAUGGGAGUAUUUUUACUCCUUACAUGGGUUGUUUUUACUAUUUUUGGAGUUAAUUUAACUCUGAACGUGGAGUAAAAAUUUUAGGUACAGGAUAACUCCUUUUUGGGGGUUAUUUUAACUCCUCAAUAUCUGGGCUCACUUUUACUCCUGGAAAAGAGUUCUUUAAACUCCUUUUUGGAGUUCAAAUAACUCCUCAAAAAAUAACUCCACUGUAAGGAGUUAAAGUAGCCCCACUAGCAUAGAGGAGUCAUUAUAACUCCUUGAAAAUUACUGUGCAGUUAAUUCAUGGAAAUAUAUAUCGGUGGAUUUGUGAAGAAGACCAAUGCCACUGAAACACAGCACCGCUGUGUAACUUUCGACAAGUUACACCAGUGGUCAGCUAUACAGCAAAUUGAUUAUUGAAUUUUUUUCCUGUUUGCUAGUGCAAUUAACUACGGUGCUAUUGGAGGAGUCAUGGCGCAUGAAUUAACGCACGGAUUUGAUAACAAAGGUGAGAUCAAGCUAUAUGUUUAGAAAUCAGUUUCGGCUAUUUCAGUCUUAUUGUGAAUUUUGAAUAUAUAAAUUUUGCCAAGCCUAAAGGCGAAGCUCCAGUUAAAUACAUCGGUGUUGGUGACGUCAUUUUUAACACGUAAUUUUUUUGCAGGUAAAAUGUUCGAUAUUAAAGGAAAUCGCAGGAAAUGGUGGAGUAAUGAGACGUUGGUUAAUUUUGAACGAAAAUCCGUUUGUUUAGUGGAUCAAUAUUCAAACUUUACCUUUUAUGGUAGAAAGGUAAAUUAUUAUUUUUGCCAUCUAAAGCAAAUUCAUGAAUUAAUAUAUAAGAUACAAAUGGCGCAUUCACUUGACAGUUCCUUAACGUUUGCCUAGCGUGCGACUAACAUUACUUGAUAUUCGCCUUACAUUCGUGUAAUAUUUGCCUGACAUUCGGCCUACUAUUCGUCUAAUAUUCGCCUAGUAAAACGAUGAAAUUAAUAAUUCCGAAUGCGAUGUAAGCUUUUAACCAGAUACAACACCUUUUCAGGUAGAUGGCAAGAAAACGUUAUCGGAAAAUAUUGCAGACGGCGGCGGUGUGACAGUGGCGCUUGAGGUAUGUGUGAUGUAUAAAUGUUAAGAUGAUUCGGUAAACAAAAUAAUGUUCUUCUUUUUCCCCCCUUUUCCCAAUUGACAAAAUUUUAAUAUUUUUUAAAACCUCUUGGCCCAAAGCCCUUCUUUCUUACUUACAUACACUAAUAAGCUCAUUUUUUUCUAGCCUGAGGGAUUUUCCCGCCUCUCUUCACCCAUUCAAAGAUGUCAUUUUAAGCCAGUGUUGAAUACAAUCUUGGAAUCACUGCAACUUUGGCUUUGUUCAUGAAAAUAAUACUGUAUAGGACCUCUCUUAACACACAACAACGGUUGUGGCGGCGCGAUUUCUGUGACGGAGCGAAGCUGCACCGCACCGAUCUCAAAAGUGAAGCGUCACAUAACGGAUAAGUUUUCUGCCAUACUUUGGUGCAUAGUGAACACCUAUAUAUUCGGCCCGUCGCGGAAGUAAAUAAGUAGGAGCGAGGCCUGGAUCCCACUGAGACGGAAAUGAAUAAUCGAGAGCGAGGACUGGAAUUUAGUGCACCAAUCCCUCUCGGCCAACCGCGUCGGCAAGAUGUUCGAUGUGUGAACGACUUGUGCUGCCCUGGGAGGUUCCUGCUCAUGCUAUUCUGAAUAGCGUGUCUUGGCGCCAAAAAAACUAUCCUGUGUAGUACAACGUGUGACUAUAGCCUUUGAUAACAGGGUCAGGAGAGGGGAGUGAAUUGUUCAAAGCAAUAAACUUUGAACCAAUAAACUUUCAGCUAUGACGCAAUAUCCUCAAAUCUAUACGUGUGGGAGGAGGAGUACUGGUCAAGGACCUUGCUCAUCGUUAAUUUCUGUCCUUUUUCUUCCAAAUCUAGCCAAGAUUUCAGUCAAUCAAAAAAUGACUCCUUGUCGUAGUCAUUGGUUCAAUAAAGGUUUAAGAAAUUUUUGAUGAUUUUAAUGAAAAAAACAAUGGAGGGGUUGUCUAAAAUUAUGGAAAAUUGGGAAAUAUUAUAGGAUUUGGGGGUUGUUGAAAAGUAAUAUAUGAAGUGAACAAUAGGUAAACAAAUACCAGAAAGUCCACAAUCCCACCAAAUCAAGGUGCCUCUGAGAGCUCAUAAGCUGACUAACUGGCUUAUACCUUUUCUACCCUAAUUUCUUUCCCUCCAAAUUUUCUUGCGUCCUUAGGUUUCCAACUUUUUACAGAAACGGGGCUACGCCUCGCGCGUGAAGAUCGGCUUUUUUUCGGAGGGAAACUGCCACGUCCCUCGUCUAACGCAAAGUUAAUCCUCAUGUCUCAUUUAGGUCAAAAUGUUGGCAUAGGGGGAUGGGUAGGAGGAAAGUUUCCCAGAAUCUUUACUGAUAUGAUCUUAUUUUUGCUUUCCCUUCAGGCCUACCGGAAGUGGGUUAAGGAGCAUUGGGAAGAACCAAGACUUCCGGGCAUGAUGUUGACCAAUGAACAGGUUUUCUUUAUUAGUUUUGCGAGGGUAAGUGAAGGACGUAUGAUUUUAACGCAACAAAAUUAAGCAUUGAACCUGGUAGAUACGACCAAAUACCGAGAACCUUUUCCCAUGCAUCUUGAAGAUCUCGUAAUGAAAGAUUACGAAAGAUAAUAUUUCUUUCGUUCCUUCAAACUUGAAAAAUAUAGUAAAAGAAACGCGAUGAAAGAUAGUUUUAAGGUCUAUGUCCCCUUCUAAUCAGUCCAAUUUGCAGUAAGGGAUAUUCAAAGUGCUGGAAAUCGUCAAGCGCUGCAUAGCCUAUGUAAAACGGUUGCAUGCUGAGAAGUGGCUCCGCCUAUUUGGAGGCGGCGCUCUUUCAAGUAAUAUGGUAGCUAUUACAGAGGAACCUCGAUUUAACGAAGGCCCAAGGGACUGGCCAAACAUGUUCGCUAAAACGAGGUUUCGUUAUAUUGAAGUUCUUUUCCAUACGUUUCACUGUGAGUGGGGCAGAAAACAUCGUUCGUGAUAUCGAGGACUUCGUAUGUAGAGGUUCGUUAUAUCGAUGUUCCCGUAUUUUGAUCUGUGUUUAUUUGCAGAACUGGUGUGGCCAUUACAGUGAAAGAGCUAUCAGUUUAGCAAGCUUUGGUGACCACAGUCCUAAACCAUGGAGGUAUGCAAUCUUCACUAAUUUUUUUUCUAGCACGUUUAAAUGUAGACAGCAAGUAUAGCCGCCUCUCCUCGUACCUCACCCGUACCCAAAACACCAUACUGAUGACUUGAAUCAAUUGCAAUGUUGACAUAAUUGUUCAAGUAGACGUAACGUUUCCCCUGGUCUAUUAUCGUAAUGUUUUAAGUUCUUCUGCGAACGAGUAGCAGCCGACAAAAUUCAAAUGCUUCUUAACUGUAAUAAAGAAGAUUGUAAUCCACUAGACUGCGAGCAGUCUCUCUUUCUCCCGUCUCGCGCCUUCAGUCACGCGCGUGGUCAUUUGCGUGUCUCGGGCGAUUUGCUCGAUGGACCAAGGAAAAAGAGAGACUGCUCGUAGUCUAGUAAUCCACGAAUAAUAACUAUUUUUUAGUAGAUUUGUGGCGUCUACUUCUCUCCCGCGAAACCUGUCUAAUCAGUUUUGGCGAGAGGAGCGAGGAGAUAGUGCUGAUUAAAUCGCUGCCUAUACAAAUUGUAAUACAGUCUGCCUGAAAUACUUCUGCUAUUUGAUUGGCUGAGAGCAGUUGUAUUUCAGCUGAAAUUGAAAUGCAGCCGGGAAUCCGAUUUUUCUGACCAAAAACUGUUUUCCUUGGUUUUUCUUUGACCGACACUAUAAUUUCAUCCCCGAAAUAACAUUGUGAAUAACCUCUACUAACUAAAGACGUUGUUUGCCCAGUUCUACGAUAGAGAUCUUUAGAUUCCUGACCAGGACAAACUACGACAUAAAGUUGUUUUUCACCUUAUACCACUACAUGAGAAAUUUCUGCAAUUUGAUUGGCUUAGAGCAGUGGUAUUUCAGCUUAAUUUGAAAUACCUACAUAUGAAAAUUACAAACCUUGUGUGGGUAGUAGUAUAAACAAAUAAUAGCAUGAUUUGCCCGUGAUAUUUGGCAUAAAUACCACUCGUGAUUUUUCAAAAUUGUCGCAAAUUUACUCGCCUAACGGCUCGUGAAAUUUUGUAUAACAAUUUCGAAAUAUCACUCGUGGUAUUUAUGCCAAAUGUCACUACAAAUCAUGCUAUUACCUAUACUAAUCUCAAGAAAUAGACACAUCGGAAAGUUUCCUUUUACUUUUUUUUUCACCAGAAAAGUUAACAAAAUUAUUUUUGUUGAAGGAAGUUGAGCCCUCUUUCGAUCGUAAAAUGAUGAAACUUCUAUAAACAUUAGAUAACUCGCGUGCUUCCGUCACUACCACACUUUCGCCAAAACCCAUAUGCAGUCGAAUCUCUACUAACGGAUAUCUCUCCACAACGGCCACUCUCUUCUGUCCCCAAAGGGGGCCGUUGUGGAGAAUGACGCCCCCGGCUAUCGCAUUUUCCCGCCAAAAUGACGCUGGUUCACGUAGCCCGCACUACUUGUUGAGUAUUUAACAAAAAUAUCUUAUUUUCGUAGUCGUUCUGCUCUUACAGAAUCUAAAAUUCUCUAAUAUCUUCUUCUGUUAACAAGGGUAGAAUUCUUACGCCGGCAUAGGUCGUAAACAUUUAAUCUGUAGUCGAUGGCUUGACCUACAGUAUUAAUGCAUUUUUUUUAUUUACAGGGUCAACGGUACAUUGAUGAAUUCUCCUGAGUUUUCAAAGGCCUUUAACUGUCCUCUAGGCUCACCAAUGAAUCCUAAAAAGAAAUGUAAAGUUUGGUGAUAAGUGAGCGUCAUGAUAAGGUGAUCUGUAAAAUCAUCUGGCAAUAAAGGAACAAGAGACUGAGGAACCCUCGCGUACCGAUCGCUUUCUGUCGUGUUGAAUUAGCGUAACUGAAAUCAUUGGCGAGUUUCAUUUAAUAAAAUAUAUUUUUAGCCCAAUAAAAGGCACUUCUCUGUAACCAUAGUAAAUAAGGUG